CCCCUCCCCACACACACACACACACACAUACAAACACACACACACACACAAACACACACACACACACACAAACACACACACACACCUCAGUUUGUAUUAUUAUUUCUCAGGAGCUGAGGCAGAUUUUCCUGUUUAUAGACUCAUUUUCGGGGCUUCGUUUUUCUGUAAACCUGUGUAAUCGCUGCAGGAUGAAUAGGAUGUCAGACAGUAUCAUUGGGAGUUGGGAGCCCUGUCUGGAGUGUGUGUUUUACCUUCUGCCACGCAGGCACAGAGGAACCAACAGCAGCGAGUGGGUGGGACCAGUCCAAAGACUACGUAGCCACGUAGCUGGUCUUCAACGUUAGCUGUGUAGCUAACGUCAGCAAGCGUUACAAUGGACCUGCCACAUCACGGGUACCGAGCAACAGCGAAGCCACGAGCUCGUGCAGCUCCUCCCACGGGCGACUCCGUUUUGUUUGAAGACACCAGCUCCGCCGCGCCUGGGCUGAACAGUCAGGGCUAUUACACUCCCGGGUACAACAUGGGAGCACCCUCUAAUGACAUGCAGGGAGGUGCAAACGUGAACAACAUGUUCACUGACCCCAUGGCCAACGCUGCAAUGAUGUACGGCUCCUCCCUGGCCAACCAAGGAAAAGAUAUAGUACACAAAGAGAUCGGCCGAUUCAUGUCCGUGAACAAGCUGAAGUACUUCUUCGCAGUCGACACCAAAUAUGUUCUGAAGAAACUCAUGAUCCUCAUGUUCCCUUAUACACAUCAGGACUGGGAAGUCCGUUACCACCGGGACACUCCACUGACUCCAAGACAGGAUGUGAAUGCGCCUGAUCUUUACAUACCAUGCAAGUUCAGUCCAGAGGUCCUGGGCCUGUGUGCCAGCACCGCCCUUGUGUGGGUCAUCAUCGAGGUCUUGGUCAUGUUGUUGAGUUUGUACCUGCUGACGGUACACAGCGACCUGUCGACCUUUGAUCUGGUCGCCUACAGUGGAUAUAAAUAUGUUGGGAUGAUAUUCACGGUGUUGUGUGGCUUACUGUUUGGCAGCGAUGGUUACUAUGUGGCCCUCGCCUGGUCCUCAUGCGCCCUUAUGUUCUUCAUUGUUCGAUCUCUUAAAAUGAAGAUAUUGCCCUCGAUCUCCUCGGACUCCAUGGGAAUGGGUUCAAGUGCCAAACCUCAGCUCCGCCUUUAUAUCACCGUGGCAACUGCAGUCUUUCAGCCAAUUAUUAUUUACUGGUUAACCUCUCACUUGGUCAGGUGACUGCGACGCAUUUAAAACCUCAAGUCCGAGUGACCUGGACCCAGAAAGAUAGGGUUGUUAAGUGUUUUUGCACUUGUCUUUGUACACUUGUGUCUGUAAAAUCAAGGCAAACGUAGACAGUGUUGAGCUUUUCUGUUAAUAUCUUUUAGUUGAUGUAACACAGAAUGUGUUGCUGCUCACCAUGACUGUAUAGUAACGUACAUAAUGCAUAUUUUUGUCCGCCUAACUUUUAAACACAAGGGCUUUCGAUGACAGAGCUGUUUAAUCAGAGCUGAUUUUGUGUGGGUUUCAUUUUGUGUAAUGUCUCUGGACAUGGUUUCCACUACUCACUUACAGACACAAAUCCACAUGACACUCACAAUUACAGUAUCAUUUCUCAGUUAUUGAUGAUGAUGAUGCUGCAUUAAUCCCCUUUCUAUUUUCAGUCAGUAAGUCUGUUAUUUAUCUACAUUUGACAAAGCAUGACAAUGUUUGGAUUUUUGUAGAAAAAAUAAAUAUAUUUAGCUUUGUGUAUUCAUGUUUAAACGA